UAGGGCAGUUCGGGAGAAUCGAUCGAGGGAGCCAUUUUCUCCCUCUCUUCUCGCGGGUCGAUGCGGCGCGGCUCGGACCAAUCAGAGGGCGGGGGCGUGGCUUGACUACGCAUGCGCCGACGGCGACGCGGCGUUGCCUCAGUGACUCGCCGGACGUGAAGUAGUGCGGACGUGCGUGGCUGUGCGUGCGUAUGGUGGAUAGAGCGAGGUGCCUCGGCCAUUGCUGGGCCCGGUCAGAACUGUGCACUUGUUGUCCGACACCGGCCUUCGCCCUGGCGAGCGACCACCUACACCACAGGGUGGUGCCGUCCCUGGUAGUCAACCUGAACCAGAGGGGCAUCAAGAUGUCUCCGGUCAAAGCCGAGCUGGACUCGGACCCCGGCCCGAACAAGAAGAGAAGACUGAGCCUGUGCGUUGGUUGUGGCGCCCAGAUCCACGACCAGUACAUACUGAGGGUGGCACCUGACCUGGAGUGGCACGCGGCGUGCCUAAAGUGUGCGGAGUGCCAUCAGUUCCUGGACGAAACAUGCACGUGCUUCGUCCGGGACGGCAAGACCUACUGCAAGAGAGACUAUGUUAGGUUAUUCGGGACCAAGUGCGACAAGUGUUCGCAAUCCUUCAGCAAGAACGACUUUGUGAUGCGCGCCAAGACGAAGAUCUACCACAUAGAGUGUUUUCGGUGUUCCGCCUGUGAAAGACAGCUGAUCCCCGGGGACGAGUUCGCGCUCAGAGAGGACGGUCUGUUCUGCAAGGAGGAUCACGAAGUACUGGAGAAGGCGACCAACGGCGAGAACAACAAUAACAACACCAACCUCAACAACAACAACAGUUUACACCACAACGAGGGGUCCAACUCCGAUUCCUCCGAGUCAGGCUCCAAGAGCGGGAGAGACAGCAGCCGCGGGGGCGCCGCCAAGGUGUCUUCCGACGGUAAACCAACCAGAGUGCGAACCGUGCUGAACGAGAAGCAACUGCACACCCUGCGGACCUGCUACAACGCCAACCCUAGACCUGACGCGCUCAUGAAGGAACAGCUGGUGGAGAUGACGGGGCUGAGCCCGAGGGUGAUCCGGGUGUGGUUCCAGAACAAGCGGUGUAAGGACAAGAAGAGGGCGAUCGCUAUGAAGCAGCAACUGCAGCAGGAGAAGGUGCAGAUGGGCUACGGCAGUAUGCAGGGUAUCCCUAUGGUCGCCAGUUCACCGGUCCGCCAUGAGAGUCCCCUGGGCAUGAACCCCAUAGAGGUCACCUCCUACCAACCGCCGUGGAAGGCGCUGUCGGACUUCGCCCUCCACACGGACCUGGACCGCAUGGACCCGGGGGCUCCUCCAUUCCAACACCUGGUAAGUCAGAUGUGGAUGUUACAGAUGCACGGGUUCGAUGUCCACGGCGGCCCCCACCCCCCACCACCCCCCGCACACGACCAGGGUCUGGGCCCUCCCCCUGGGGACAUGGUCCAUCCGGACUCCGCGGACUCCUACGUCACCUACCUGGAGAGUGAUGAUAGUCUACAUCACGACGGCUCGAGCCCAUAACGGUCAGAGCCGUGACGUAGUGCGCAUGUACAAAGUCGUCUGUACAUACGUCCCGACUGUACAUAGUCUUGUACAUAAGUGUCUUAGGAAAACCGACGUGAGUGAUUGUAAUGUUUCGUCAUCUAAGUUGGGCUUUGACCUAAACCUUUGGGGUUUAAAACUGUUGGUUUUAGGUUGCUAUGAAAAUUUUCAAUAAAAUAUUUAUUGAAUAU